AUGAUCGACUACGUGAACGACUGUCACUACGCGCUGCUCACUGAUCCCGGGUCAGACAUCCAUGUUGACCUGCGAGGGCUCGUGGGCUGGACCGAGCCGCCGGUGAGGCCGGCGCCUGGCCCCUCCAGCCGCCCAGAGAGGGCCGGCCGGAUCAGCCGGUGCCGCAGGGCCCGCACCUCCUUCACCGACCACCAGCUGCAGACUCUGGAGCGCAGCUUCGAGCGCCAGAAGUACCUGAGCGUACAGGACCGGCUGGAGAUGGCCGCCAGCCUGCAUAUCACCGACACUCAGGUCAAGACCUGGUACCAGAACAGGAGGACCAAGUGGAAGCGCCAGACGGCGGUUGGACUGGAGCUGCUGUCGGAGGCCGGGAACGUGGCAGCCCUGCGCCGCCUUUACGCCCCCGGCUGGCCGUGCGGGAUGAGAGGAAUGGAGUGA